AUGGGGAACCGGUGGGCCUGGGUCCAGCAGUUCAAGAUCCAGCCCAGCCGACGGCCAAACGCCUCCACAUUGCUGCACUGUGCUGGUGUCACUUUGUACAACCAUGUGUUCCUAGUGCUUCCGGCAUCAGUGGCCGAGUGGGCAUGGAGGCCACCCAUUGACCUCCCGGACCAGGCUCCGUUCCUGAUUGAGCUGACAGCUGGAGUGAUCGGCAGCCUCCUGCUCUUUGACUUCCAGUACUUCAUCUGGCACCUGCUCCACCACAGAAUCCGCUGGCUGUACAUCACCUUCCACGCCAUGCACCAUAAUUACACGUCCCCUUUUGCUCCCGCCAAUCAGUGUCUCGGCGGUUGGGAGCUGAUCACGGUCGACUUUUGGACAACCGUGAACCCUGUGAUCCUGCGAUGCCACCUUCUUACCACAUGGGCUUUCAUGGUGGUGCACGUCUACGUCUCUAUAGAGGAUCACUGUGGCUAUGAUAUCCCCUGGUCGACAUCGCGUCUGAUACCAUUUGGCAUCUACGGGGGGCCCAGCAAGAAUGACGUGCACCACAAGAAACCAAACACCAAUUUUGCACCACACUUCUUCCACUUGGACCAAAUAUUUGGCACAUAUGCUGAUGUCAGCUUCUCUUCAUCUAUAAAAUAA